CUCAACUGUCACUGCUCCGUCCCAUCGUGCUGACGUGAGAAAACGCACCAACUGACAAGCUAACCCAACGCCAGCUCUAUGCAGGUGCUGUGGCCGAGACGUGAGAAGGGGUCAUGCCUUUGGUCAAGAGAAACAUUGAGCCCCGGCACCUGUGCCAAGGUGCAGUGCCUGAUGGGAUUGGCAACGAGCUGGAAUGUGUAACCAACAACACGCUGUCCGCCAUCAUCCGCCAGCUCAGCAGUUUGAGUAAACAUGCAGAAAAUGUUUUUGGGGAGCUUUUUAACGAGGCCAACACCUUUUACGGGCGCGCCAACUCCCUCCAGGACCGUAUCGACCGCUUGGCCUUCAAGGUCACCCAGCUGGACUCCAGCGUGGAGGAGGUCUCUCUUCAGGACAUAAACAUGAGGAAGGCAUUCAAAAGCUCGACCAUCCAGGACCAGCAGGUUUUGUCCAAGGGCAGCACUCCGAACUCGGUGGCUGAGAUGCACAACAGAAGCGACAGGCCUCCUCCCCUAAGCACGCUUACUGCCUACAGGGAGGAUUCUACCGAUGCGAUGAAAUUCUACUCUGACCCGUCAUACUUUUUUGACUUGUGGAAGGAGAAAAUGCUUCAAGACACAGAGGACAAGAGGAAAGAAAGGCGGAGGCAAAGGGAACAGAAACGAUGUGUGGAAAGCAGCACGCUGCAGCGCGAGGUGAAGAAGGUGAGAAAGGUUCGAAACCGCAGGCAAGAGUGGAACAUGAUGGCAUUCGACAAAGAGCUUCGCCCAGAUCACCACCAUCCGCAGACUCUUCGUCGAGGGGCAUCAUCCGAGGGAUCGCUCUCCCCAGACGGCAGGCCUGACCUCCCAGACUACCCCGUCCCUCCACUGCCUGCCCACGCUGCUUGUAAUUAUGCCAAGUCACAUGAUUACGUGCCUGGGAACGCACACCCCUCGCCACCUGUGGAGCAUGAAUACCACAGCAUUGAUGUCAACUACAAGAGAGUAUCCUACGCCACAGCAGAGCCUCACGCUGCAGACCGAAUGAACGGUUCAAUACGUCCACCUGCAGAUUACAACUCCGGCCCCCCACCUCCUACCCCUGGCCCAGCCAUCCCAUCAGCCCAGACAGCCUUUGGUUUUCCAUUGGGUGCACUACCACCAACACCACAUAAUGGAGUUAUGCACGUAGGCCCAGGCUACCCGCUGCCACCGGUACCUCCUCCAGGGCCACGCAUGGUCCCUCCUCCCCCGGGUCCCCCACCUCCACCUCUCCCUCCCCCAGCUGUACCCUCACACCUAGCAGGACACAGUGAAGGCGGCAGAGCUGAGGCGAAACCUGUGAGAGAUGCGAGAAGCGACCUGCUGUCCGCCAUCCGCAUAGGCAUACAGUUGAAGAAAGUCCAGGAGCAGCAGGAGCAGCAGAACAAGCGGGAGCCGGUGGGGAACGAUGUGGCCACCAUCUUGUCUCGACGCAUUGCGGUGGAGUACAGUGACUCUGAAGAUGACUCUGAGCUGGAAGAAAACGAGUGGUCAGACUGACCAAACACCGUGCAGAGCCUGGCUGAAAUUUUGCUGUAAAAAGCAAACCUGUGAGUCACCUGCUCUGGCUCCACCUUGUGGACUUUACAUACCAACCCACUGCUGCCAGAGUACCUUUACCUCAGCUUGUUUUAUUUAAAUGUGCUGCCACAUGUAUUUCUCAUGAGGAAACUGCAUGAGUGAGCACCUUUCUUCUGAAACAGGUGAAAUUCCAGACCUACUGUAUACAGUUUACUGAUUAAUUGUGAUAAAUGUUUAGUUUUCUACCACUGAUUAAAUGUGAGCCAUUUGUUUUCUCACUUGUCAAUCUAAAAUGUAUGUCCUACUAAAAUGUCCUCUCCCAAUAAACUGACACCCUUAAUGCACCGUCACUCCAUUGAUGAAAUGUGCUGUAGACCUUAAAACCAAUGUCCCAGUACUCAGCCUUUUCACUGGAGGCAUGUUGACAUGUCACAGGAGGAAAAGUGCAGGUAGAAAUAGUAAAAUGACUGACUGAAUUCUGUGUAGCUGCUUCAGUUUCAGGUCCUGUAAUUGCACAUGCUGGCUCACUGUCACACUGUCAUGGCUUACUGGGACACUUGAAUAGAUCAGAGCCAUCAUUAAAGUUAUUCAUAACACUUGUGCUUUUUCUAUUAUGACAAGUGACAAUUUCUGUUAUUCAUGAAUGAGUACAGCUACAUAAAGUAAAACUUUGAAGGAUUUAAGUAUUUAUUUUUAUCAUUUUAUUGAACUACACAUUCCUGAUAGUAUUUUGGACUAAAUGUACGCCUCCCUAUAUUAUCUGAGUGUUUAAUGAAUAAUUCCAUUAGACAUUAUGUCACUGCUACCUCAUUUUGUGACCAUUUCAC